AUGGGCCUCACCUAUCGUUGUGCAUUUUACAAGCUGGUCAACAGCCUCACGAGGCUGAUGGUCUAUCCUAUGCCCCUGAUCAGCGAUCUACUAGAGGAUCUGGAUAAAGCACUAUGGUACUGCACGUUAGACAUGGCCAGGGGGUUCUGGGUCGUGCACAUGACGGAUCGGGCCCGCGAGAUCUCUGCAUUCAUUACUCCGUUUGGACUAUUCGAAUGGAGUCGCAUGCCUUUUGGGCUUAAGAAUGCCCCACAGAUUUAUCAGCGCCUCGUAGACAACGCGCUGUAUGGAUUCUGGAAGAUCCCGCGAUCCGGUGACGCUGGGGCCACAACGGAUGUGUUCCAGUCCGGGAUCGCGGACGAUCCUGCUCGCGAGUCG